AUGGCGGCCCGCAGCUUAGCAGAGCGCACGCGGCACUGCCUGCAGAGCCGUCAAGUGGGGUCGAGGGCCCUCGAUUACUACGAGCUGCGCGAUGACUUCUGGCAUGAAAAGAUCAUGCUGGCACGUGUUCAGGACUUCCGCUUCGGGGUGCUCACCGCGCCUCGGGACAUCUAUGAUAAGAACAUGUCCCAAUCGCUCCUUCGGCUGCCGCUGGGAGCUCGGGGUGGCCUUCCUGUUCGGAGGCCGCAGGGGCAGAUCCCGCGGGCGGGCAGCGCUCGGCUCAGCGAUGUGCUGCCAUCGCUAUGCAACGAGGCGGCGCCGAUGGCAGCGAACAUUCGUGAGGAGGAUGGCUCGCCUGCACCAGCAGCACACACAGGGGCGUGCGCCGACGGCGAGGCGGAGGCACUUGCGGAGGCGCCGUCCCCUGCGGCGUUGCUGGCCGCCGCGUGGCCCGCUGGGCCAGCGGCUGGAGCCGCGGUUGGGGCUGGCGCCCUGGCGGCCGCGCCGGCCGCGUCGCCUGGGCCUCCGGCGGCAGGCCCUCUCCUUGCCCCAGCACCGCCGCGGCUCGCGGCGCCACCGGCGGACGCGGUCUGGCUUGCAACAGGGACGCGGGGGGGCUCCACGGCGGGGACUCGUAUCUCGCCCGAGCCCCUUGGAGCUGGUGGCCAGCCGCAGGUCGUGCUUGGCGGUCGCGGGUACAUGCUGCGGGGUUCGGGCCUCUCGCUCGCGGUCGCCGUGGCCAACAUCCUGGAGGCAGGGGCGGCCGCGCUGUCCGGCAGCGGUGGGGGCCUUCCCGCGUUGCCAGUGCUCUACUUGCCAUCGGGCGGCCGCUCCAGGUUGCUCCAUGACGCUCUGGCCAAGAUGUCCACCACGCCCGUCGCGAACGGGCGCUGCAAGGGGCCGAGGACCGCGGCCGUGCUGCUCGAGAAGAUCUUGGAGGCGGACUACAUGCCGCGGCAGAGGCAGUGCUGGUCGAGGUCAAUCCAGGGGCUCACAGCAUUGGACUCGGGCAUGGACGACCACCACUUCACGUUGGAGGUGCUGCAGGAGCUCACCACCGAGGACCGGCUCGACGCUUGCGAGCUGGUGGUGGUGGAGACCCGCUGCCGCCGCGACCAGCUCUGGGAGGAGCCGUAUGCGUCGAGCUGGCGCGAGGGUGAGGCUGGUCAGGACGCUGCGCCCUGGCUCGAUGGGCGACCCAAUUUCCUCGGGCAGGGCAGGAGCCGCGGCUCGGCGCUUGUCUUGUCUGCGCCGCCGGGGAGAGCUGGGUGGCGACGAUGCUCCGAGAGGGAUGCGCCAUCCUCAAGGAGCGCAAGAAGGGGCGAGAGGAAAGGCUGCUGGAGCGCGGCGCCGAGCGCGGUGCGGCCUCUGGCGAACCAGCGGCGGGUGCCAAGGCCAAGGCAUACGGCCGCGGGUGCGGCCGUGGCGCCUGAGGCGUCCCCUCGCGCCGAGGGGUCCCCCGACCUCGGCGCGAGUUUGCAGGGGAGGCGAGGCGUGCUGAACGGCGAUGCCCCCUCGCUGGGUUUUGGCGAUGACGGUCUCACGCAGAGAGACGCGCUGCCUAUCCCGCUCAACUCGGAGGCGCUCCAGUGCUUGAAGGGGUUCUCUGCCCUUGACGGCGAGCUCUCGCUGGGGCAGCGGCGCAAAGCCGCUCGCUGCAGGCGCCAGGAGCGCUGGAUGCUGGAAGGAGUCUUGGCGCUCAACGAGCUGGGUGGUGGUGGGCGGUCGGCGGGCGGCAGCGGCCACCUCAGCUUGGCGCAGCGCUCCGCGCUACAGCAUCUGAAGGGGGUCUACGCCGCGGUCCCGCCGAGGACUGAAGAUUGCACCAACCAGGAGGCGUUUCAGGCGCUUCUGGGGCUUCGACCUGGCUAUGCUGACGAGCCAGCGAUCGGGGCGAGAGCCGGCUACCAGCGCGGGAGGGUCUCUCUUCCUUCUGGCGGUGCUGGGCGUGUCGAUCUUGUUCGGCUGUUGCCCGCGCACCUGCAGUCGGCGCUGGAGUCCGGGCACGGGUCAUUGCGCUCGGAGCAGGAGGCUACUGCUGCUCUGGAGGAGGCGGACGUCACGUGUUACGUGGACGGUAAGCUGGCGCAGCGGGGCAUUGACUACGGGCGGUUCCUGCUCGAGCUCUACGAUGCGGGGAUCGUCGAAGUUUUGGACUACGAGCUGGAACUGAAGGAGGAGACGGGCGUCUUCUUCGUGCCACGCAAGGAUGACAAGCUGAGGCUCAUCUUCGACACUAGGAGGGCGAACUGCCACUUCAGGACGCCCGAGUACACGCACUUGGCCUCCGGCGACGCCCUCAGCAGCUUGGAGUGCACGCCCGGUGAGGAGGUGCACCUGGCUGCGGGCGACGUGGAGGUCUGCUUCUACCAGUACGUGCUGCCGGCCUGGGCCAGAAACUACUUCUGCUUACCGAGCCUGGCGACCCGCAUGCUGCCGGCCCGCCUGCGCGAGGCGUUGGGGCCAGAGCUGUCUGCUCGGCCCAGGAUAGCCUUCCGCGUGCGGGUCGUCCCCAUGGGUUGGAACUGGGCCGUCCACUUUGUGCAAUCUGCCCACCUGAAUGUGCUGGCUUCGGUCUCUCCGAGCAACCAGUGGCUGGUGGACAAGCAGCCUGGGGCGUGCCUCUCUGACAGCUCAGCCGCAGCCAAGGUCUUGUACAUAGACAACUUUGCUGCCAUUAGCACCAGCCGCGAGACGGCAUUGCAGGUGGUCAACGAUAUGCUCGACUCGUUCACCAGUGAGGGCGUCAAGGCAUCGCUUGACCUGGAUGUCGUCCUCCUCGGCUUCACGCUGGACGCGAAGGCCGCCAGGUGGCGCCCCGCGCCCAAGAAGUUUUGGAGAGUGCAUGGUUGUAUCUCGCACCUGCUGGAGCCGGGAAGACGUAUCGCGGGGCGCCAGCUGGAGAGGCUCGCGGGUCACGCGGUUGCGCUGCUGUUGCUGCGCCGUGAGGCGCUCAGCCUCCUCAGUGCAGUCUACGUCUUCAUCCGCUCCACCUACGACAGGGCGCAGCCGCUGUGGCCCAGCUGCCGACGCGAGCUCAGGUGGGUGCUCGCACUGUUGCCCACGGUGUUCGCCGAUAUGAAGAGGCCCUGGCACGCUGAGGCGGGUGCCUUCGACGCGUCGCCGUGGGGCGCGGGAGUCUGCGCUGCGCACUGGCCCUUGAGCGCAGUGCAGGCCGCUGGCAGGCAGCCGGGGAAGCUGCGCUUUCGCGGGCCCCUCGCCUCACUGGUGGCCCCGCGGGGCGCUGCCCUGGCUGCCGACAGCAUCGAGCUCUCGGACCCAGCCGCACUCUUACUUGGGCGUGCGGCAGGUUUCGCCGAGGUGAGCUCUGAGCUGCUGCGUGAAGCGACCUGGGCCCGCUGGCUGCCCCGCCAGGGCUUGCUGGCAGCCAACGUGGUGCAGCCGUCCACUCUGGUGCUCUACCUGAAGGUGUUGCUGCUGCUGGCAGGGUGGCUCAUGGUGGACGUGCUGCCCGACUGGCCCGUGGCAACUCGGGACGCAGCGCUGACCGACCUCCUGCGGUGGGCCUUCGACCUGAAGGUGGCGCGGGCGACAACUGCAAAGCUUGGCGUCGCGGUGCUUGGAGGUCUCCCUCAGCUGCACUUGGCGCCCUUGCAGAGGUGCUUCCCGCAGCUCGCCCACUCGCUGCCGGGUUGGAAGCGCCUGCACAUGUCAUCAGUGGUGCCGGUUACAGAGUUGCAGCAGCCAGGCAAGACGGGCGAGCUGGACCACACCGCUGUGCGUGUCUCCCCGCGGCAGCAGGCCCUGGCUUGGGCCUUGGUGCGCCUCCGCGACCCCCGCCUGGGCUUCUGGCACCCGCUGUGGGACUUCGUCUACAGCCUCUUCCUGCGGCGGUUUGGCCAGGCGCUCGAGGCUGUGCGAGCCAGCUGUUUAGCAGGCACGCUUUGCAGCCUCAGGCAAGGCGGCGACAUCCUCGACCGCCUGACGGCCAGCCGCACGCUAAUGGAGAAGCUGCAGCUCGGAAACUGGCACGCCUUCAACAGCGUGCAGCGCUACGACAAGCACGCGUGA